UUCAAAGGAAAAUAAGUGGCACCAUACAUUCUUAUAAUAGCUUGAUAUGUUAAGAUUUUCACUUAUUAAAAUUAUAAUAUUUUGGAAGUCUCUAGAUAAAAUUAUUUUUCAUACAGAUCAUUUUUUAGUUAUUUUAACGUGAAAUAAUUACACAAGAUUGAUUUACUUAUAAUUUUUUGAUUUAAAAUGUUAUUGUACUUAUUUGUAAAGACAUUUAAGUUUUUAAUAAAUUUCCCGCCUAGAUGUACUUGAUCGAUAAAUCGAAAUAUUUCAAAUCUCGACUACUCUCGAUAACUAUAUUGAUAUUCUCGAACCUCCUCGAUACAGUUCGAUAAAAUUCAAAAUGGGAGCGACGUUAGAUCUUCGGUUUUUAUCAACAUGAAUUUUUCCAUAAAUUUAAGCGUUUCUAAUUGUUAUUCGUAUGCUUUUGAUAAUUAUUUUUGUUAAAAACGGCUAUUAAUACAAAAUUGCUCAUAAUGUGGUUCAUAUUAUUCGCAAUUUUUACCUUUAAACUAAUGUGCAUUUUUAUCUUUGUCAUCUAUUGCGUUGUCACUUUUCUUCUAGUUAUGUACAAUGCUCAAACAGAGGAAUUGAGAAGAUGUAUCGUACCCCAAGAUACAAACUUGGAUGUGGAAUUUCCGACUGAAAGUCGCGAGAGCGUAGAUGAUAAAUUGGAAGUGUUAACGGAAAAGCUUACAGAAAAAGAACGCGUGUUACAGAAAUCGCAAUGUGAAAUAAAAAAUGCGGAAAAAGCGUUAACUGAUCUGGAAAAUAAAACAUCGUCCUGCCGAGAUCGAUAUCGCUCGUUGAUGAUCGAAUUGAAAAAGGACAUUCGAGAAACUGAGGAUGAGGUGAGAACGCUGCAAAAUCAAAUAUCGAAUUUAUCAAUUCGACGAGAAGCUCUUAGGAGCGAGGUAUUAAAGCAACAAGAAGAUUAUCAGAAAAUGCUGAGUGGUUUUUCCAAGGAAUUGGAAAGUAAAAAAACAUUAUUCUGUACGUUAUUGCGAAAUAUUCUAUUUUGUUUAAAAAUAGAUUUCAAUUAUUUUAAUUUGGCGCUUUCAAUCUAUAGCUUCUGGUAUCGAGAAAUCAAGACACCAUCGCGUGAGUUGUUUCAGUUUACCAUGAAAAAUUUCAUCGACUUUUCUGUAUAUAUAAUAAUUAUUUUUAAUCAAAUGUUCGCAGUAUUGCCUUUCAUAUUGAAGAACAAAAAUUAGAGUGAGUAAUUAAAAAGUGCUACUAAAUGUUGCUUUGUCGAAAAUCGUCGUAGUAUCGAAAGAUUAAGAAAAGAGUUUUUUUUCAAUCGAAUCAUAAUUUUUAUUUGAUAAUCACAAUAUAUACAUUCGAGUAAAUGAUCAGUAUGGAAGUUCCUUUGCGUUCAAUCGCAUGGUACAAAUUAACAUUGAGAAAUUAAAAUUUAAUUCGAAUGACAAUUGGACUUCGAUUACGCGUAUGAAUUAUACUUUUCGAA